GGAGACUCAGGCUUCAGUACGUGUGACUUGCCUUGUUCAAGGUGCAAGCCUCGUCUUUCUAUUUCUCAUUUAUGCCAUAAUCAGCUUUUUUUUCUUCUCUUUUUCCUCCCCCUGUUCUUUUUGGUUGUUCCUUGGAAGCCGUCGUCAAGAAGGUGUACUUUUUAAAGGGAAACAAAAGCAUAUUGUGGAGACGCUGCUGUAUUUAUUCAGAAAGCUUCAUAACGCACAACGAUGUUUGAGACCAGCCAAGAUGACCUGCUGCUGUUUCCCUCAGAGGGUAGUGAUGAAGCCUUUUUCCCAGCAGAGAGCUUGGCUAGUGGGGGUCAGUCCCUGGCUGAGGCCUUGCUUCCUUUAGUUGAGUCUCCUUCUCCUCCUCUUAACCCCUGGCUCUGCUCCACCCGCUAUAAGACUGAGCUGUGCAGCCGCUAUGCUGAGAGUGGUACUUGCAAGUAUGCGGAGCGUUGCCAGUUUGCUCAUGGCCUGCAUGACCUCCAUGUGCCCUCCCGCCAUCCCAAGUACAAGACGGAGCUGUGCCGCUCCUUCCACACAGCUGGCUACUGCAUGUAUGGAAGCCGCUGCCUCUUUGUGCACAGCUUGAAGGAGCAAAGGCCGGUUCGGCACAGGCGUCGCAACGUGCCCUGCCGCACGUAUCGCGCAUUUGGUGUUUGCCCCUUUGGCACACGCUGCCACUUCCUGCAUGUUGAGGGGGGUUCAGAGUCAGAUUGUGCUGAAGAGAAGACCUGGCAUCCUCCUUCCCGUUCCAGUGAAUGGAAACCCCGUGGUGCCCUCUGCCGUACCUUCAGUGCUUUCGGCUUUUGCCUGUAUGGCACUCGCUGCCGGUUCCAGCAUGGCCUCCCCAAUUCAGUAAAGGGCCUUGAUUUGACCCAGGCACCCUGGUCACCACAAGUGCCUGGGAGAGCCCUCUCACCUGCUUCAGAUAUGCAGUCUUCCUCUCCACCCUCUUCCUCAGCCUCCUCAUCACCUCAGUCCCUGCUGGCCUCACCUGCAUUCCCUGAUGAUUCUGGUCCAGUCACACCCCCGUCUGCAGAAGUGGUGGCCAACAACGCUUUCGCCUUCAGCAGCCAGCACCUGAAUGACCUGCUGCUGCCACUGGCCUUCAGACUACAACAGCUGGAACAAGCUUCUAGUCUAAGUGCUGGCAUGCUGGACCAACCACUGCUGCCAUAAUGUUUAUAACGUCAAUCCUUUUUGUAAAUAAGUCUUGGCUUUUUAUUGAUGGCCUCUUUUUUUGUAACUUUUUUUAUGGCCUUAAUUUGAGAUUUUGCAGUCUCAUAUUUUGGGGGGGAUGUUUUUUACUGCUACUUUGCUUGUCAAGUCUGUCCCAAUUUGUGGCAAGUCUAUUAUAAUGCAUUGGACUAUUGUAAAUUGUAUUUUAACCCAUUGUGUGUGUGUGUAUAUAUGGAGCCUUUGGGACACAGUGUGAAUGUCUUAUUUAUGGAUUUUAAUUUAAAUUGUGGUACUUAAAUUAUUGUUUCAGGAUUGGCGCAGUUUGCAUCCUUUGAUCUUAAUAAAACCACUAACCUUUGUUAGUGCUGUUCUCGGUAAAAA